CAGACUGGGACUUGUUACCAGUUUCCGGAGUUUUGUCCACUUCCUACCCUCAUCCGAUUUAGUUCUAACAAUUUAAAAACUUUACUAGAUUCUAGUAAAUUGUUUGUUAUUUUUUUACAAUAACCCUGACCCCCACCCCUUCGUUGACUAGAGCCGCAAGAGUUUCCAAAUUUUUAUAUCGUUCGCGUUAUCUCACUUUGGCCUCGAGACUGCCGGAACCACCGUCAACUGCAACUAACGCUGUCGCCUCCGCCACCGAUCUCCGAAGUUGUUCCAGUUGUUCCCCUCAAAAGGACAUCGCAACAUGGAACAGCUGUUCAAUUUCCCGGGACGCCGAAUGUCCAUGGGACUGCUCCAGAGCUCUGGACAGAUAAUACUCCAGAGUCCCAGUAUGAGUCCAAGUCACAGCCCAAGUCCCAGUGCCAGUCCGGGGGAGUAUUCCCUCAAUCCGAAUGCGGUGGAGUUUGUGCCGUCGUACCGGAUGUCUACACACCACUCGGUGGGACCGGAGAUAGUUCCAACGGAGACCAAGACGGAGGCCACAUCGACUACCACGCUGGUGCAUCCUCUGGAGAUUGUCGGAGAUACAGUUGAUCAAGUAGAGAACGGAUUCUAUGUCCAGCGUCAGAUCUUCGAGAUACUGAGCCAGCUGGGAGACGAACAGAUGCCGCUGGAGAAAGUUGCGGUGGGCCUAUUACCCGGUGGCCAGGGCCUGAGCAUGAGAUUCACCCCCAAGCAGGGUCAGCCAAGUCAGCAAACUUCGACUUUGGUGUCGACUUUGGAACCGAACGAUGCCAUAUUUCGCGAGAGUCACAGCCUUCACCUGGAUGUGGGGGAUCAUCAGGGGGAAAACAGUCUGGCCAACCGGCCGGAGAGCGUGCUGGUGGCCCAGUUCCUUAUUCGGGUCAAUGAUUUACUAAACGAGAAGUAUGACUAUGGCGGCGAUAACUCCGUCUGCCCCAAAUGCGCAUUAUGCUCCAAUCGCAGUUACACGGAGCUGGAAAUCGAGCACCAGAUCGAGGGCAUCAAAGCGUUCGAAAACUUCUUUACUUUCACGGAAACCACCCGCUACCAGGACCUGGUUUCCCACAAGGCCUUCAAGGAGCUGUGCCACCGUCUCGGCUUAAUUGUCAGCCGUGACCAGAUACACAUAAAUCGGGCCAAUGAUGGAGGAAUGGCUAACACUAAUGCAACAUCCGAUAUGGUAAAUCCCAACACCACCUCUGACAGCACUACAAAUGGAAUGCCAUUGCCCUCAGCACAGCCAUCGGUCCUGACCAUAGGCGAUGCAUCGACCACCACCAGUGGCGUGGAAACGGAAAUGGACACAGAUGUCGAGGCAUAUGCCGGCGACGAUGAAUCUCAUUCGAAUGGGGAGGAUGUCACUCCAAGGGGCAGUGGCUCCCACGACUCUCCUAACAUGGAGUAUGUCCGAGGAAAACUAUAUAGAUAUGAAAAUUCCGAUGGCUCACAGUUGGUCAAUCAGCUCACAGAGGGCGAUACUGAUAAGGUGGACUCCGCUUUGGACUUUGAAGUGGAGGCUCCACCCACAACGCCAGCCAAAUCUCUGACCACCACAAGUGUGACGAAAACUUUUCCCCGACUGUACAAGUCGGCGAAAGCCAAGUGUUCGGCCCGAGGAUCUGGACAAAGCGGUGUCCAGAGCGGAGGGAGUGCAGCACGCCGGAGCACAGGAUACAGCCGGUCCGUGGUAUCGUCUGCCCAGUCGGCGGGCACAACGGGUGUACAGCGUGGGCGUCCUCAGAUGUCCGGCAGCCAUAACUCGACCGGAGGCACUGUGGGCGCUGUUCGAAAGCACCAGGCGGAGGCAACACCCUGUCUGCCCGGAGCGGCUCGCAAGACGAAUCACCAAAGGGCGUCUCCACCGACGGCAUUGGCCUUUCAACAGGCCGAGACCAUGGCAGCUGCCGUGACCGGUCGCAUGUCCAGGUCGGUAAGAGCAGGGACCUCUGUGCAGAAGCAAACUUCAAACCAUCUCAAGACGAGCAAGGGAACAGGCGGUAGUCGACUGGGCGUUGCCAGUUCGAAGCAAACCCAUGGAACUUCUCAACGAAUGAUUCCCAGAAGCACCACGGCUUCGCUGAUGCGUCAAACUGAAGUCAAGAGGCGCAUGAGCUUGAUGCGCGGCGACAGCGAUUCGGAUUUGCUCUAUAAUGACUACCUAUUCAAGUGAUUUGCAAAUGUCAUCGCUAUCGAUGGUAUACAUAUGGUUUCGUUUCAGCUUUCAAAUAGUAUUUUCACUAAACUCAAUAAAUCGGAAAAAAAAAAUUGUGUUCCUGAA